AUAGCAGAGAGAGAGCGACGUAGUCGCACUGCAGUGAUGAUUUAUUUUGGCACUCUUUUCCAUCUCUGUCAAUUACAUGUGGAUUUUUCAAUUUGCGGGGGGGGGUGAUAGGGCUAUGCAGUAAAUUUCGAGUCAAAUCUUUUGGAACUAACGGUUACUAAACAUUAAUUUAAAGGCAAUUUGUAUUUAACUUGUAGGUGCAAUACAUUUUAACUGAAUCAUAAUUUGGGUAGUUUAUUUUUAAAAUAUAUAUACAUUUAUGGGCAGUAUGUGAAUAUCGUUACUGUGUUACAAUAUUACAUACUCGAUAUCUUUUAUAAAUAACCCCUCUGCAUGGAGUUUGGUGAACUCUUGGGCUUAGUAUGCUACUGUAUGUUAUGUUGGUCAUUAUGGUGGCACUUGCAGGGCAACUUAUUAUGUUUUUGGGGGGGGGGGUAUUUAUCAUGAAUCAACUCAAGGAACCAAAUAUGGGACAAAAACACAUCACAAUAAAGCAACGUGCACUUUAAUGUGUGUGGGUUUUUUUUUUUUUUUGCUUUUUCAUGCAGGGUAUUUUACAAAAUAUGCAAUACGAUAGAAGGGCAUGCAAAGUAUGCUUCAAAUUAAAUAAACUCUUAGUGAGACUGUCGUUGAACAUGCAUGUCAUAGACUAAUAAGUAACAUAUUAAGCAGCCUUAUCUUCUGGCUGCAUCAGUCAAGGCUAUCUGGACAUAAUGGAGGCGUGUCACAUCGUCUGCAAAGUGAUUGCAGCAUUAAAUAAUCACCUUUAGUGGCUUGGGUGGCCCUCAGUUGAUACAUCAUGGAUCGACAGAGGACUUGGGGCAGCGCUCUCUCUCAAAUGCAGUGGCGACAGGUCGAUAAAAGUGUGUCCACAGCAGUGAUUGGAGAUAUGAUAGAAUUUGCACACCCGUGGUUGGGGGUGUCUCUAUGGGGAGUUUAUAUGGGAAAAGGUGAUGUGAUUCAUUUUGGAGUGGGAGACGAGAACAUGACUCAGAAAGCGUGCCGCAGCCUCAUGCAGCAGAUGCUGCCCAGGUCGAAAGGUGACGGUGUCCUGAAGAAGACUCCCAUCAGGUCUCAGACCAUCGCUGACAUCAGAAUGCCUGCGGGAACCCGCAUCCGGGUCAACAACGACAAGCACCACCUGGCUCCGUCCAUGACGGAGCAGAUGAUGCAUCGCUGUCAGACUUUCCUCCACCAGGAGUUCAAAUACGACUUGAUCAACUUCAACAGCGAGCAUUUCGCCACCUUCGUUCGCUACGGUCGAGCCGUGUGCACGCAGAUUCCCUUUCAGAAAAUGAAUGGAGAGCAUUUCAACACGACCGAAACUCUUGAACUGAUAAUGCAGCAGCGUAUGGAGACGGAAACAUAAGGGCACACAUCUGGUUAUUCCUCAUACCAAGCACCAUCAAAACCCUUUUACUGCUCGACAGGAUUUCAAAUAUGUGCUGAGAGUAAAGGACAUACUUUGUCGGCUCGCCGAACUCCAAUAAAGGCGGACAAAACUUUGCAACAAAGCGGCUCGAGAAACUUAUGUGUGUCAUCUAGUUUAUUAAGACUUGUGGAAUGU